GGAUUUCGUCCCUUUGAUAAUUUCGUUUUUUACAACCUGAUAGAUUUGUUAGGGUUCAUGACUAGAUACACUUGUUCAACAUAAAAGGAAACCUAAGGGUAUUUUCGUCAACCUGAUUUACAACGGCUCUUUGCCAAAAAAGUAGCCGUUGCCGCUUUCCAUAAAGCCCAGAUAUUCCGUAAUGAAGAUUAAAACAGUACUCCAAAGUCCAAAUACGAAUAACUCUCCUCAUCGCCAUCGUUAUAUAAACUCGUUGAUUCUACCAAUCAUCUUCAAUCAAGUCUCGCUCGACCAUCUACAACCAGGCUUCUUUCCUCUCGCAUUUCUUUAUUCUUUCUGUCUCUAACGUUUUCUUUUUCGUUUGAUUUUCUAAUUUUAAUUUGAAUUUUGCAGGUUCUGGGUUCGUAUCUAUAAAUAAUCUUUUGGAUUUUACUAACCUAUUUCUUUCAGGGUCUUUUUAUUUUUUUUUUAAUUUUUAAUUUUCUUUUAUUAUAUUUGUUUCGUUUUCUGGAUACUUGACAUUAUGGAUGCAGGAUCUUUGAAUUCUUUUUCAAAUUUGAAGGGGCAAUCUAGAUGCCCACUUCAAGAGCAGCUUCUCCAGAGAAGGAAUUCUAAAGAAAAUCUGGAUAGGUUCAUACCAAAUCGUUCCGCAAUGGACUUUGAUUAUGCACAUUACAUGCUGACCGAAGGGAGGAAGAUCAAAGAGAACCCGACAGUGUGCUCACCUGCCAGGGAGGCCUACAGGAAGCAGCUGGCUGAGACCUUGAACAUGAAUAGGACCCGAAUCUUGGCUUUCAAGAACAAGCCACCAACACCUGUUGAACUCUUCCCUUCUGAUCAUUCAACUUCUUCUGUUCACCCUACCAAAUCCGCAAAGUCCCGGAGACACAUUCCCCAGAGCUCUGAGAGAACAUUGGAUGCUCCUGACCUUGUGGACGACUUUUACCUGAAUUUGUUGGAUUGGGGCAGCAGCAAUGUUCUGGCAAUAGCACUUGGAAACACUGUGUAUUUGUGGGAUGCUUCAGAUAGUUCUACCUCAGAACUUGUUACUGUUGAUGAUGAAAAUGGCCCAGUAACAAGUGUGAAUUGGGCUCCUGAUGGCCGGCAUAUUGCCAUUGGCUUGAACAAUUCUGAAGUACAGUUAUGGGAUUCUGGUUCCAACCGACAGUUGCGUACUCUGAGAGAUUGUCACAGAUCAAGAGUGGGUUCAAUGGCAUGGAACAAUCACAUUCUUACAACAGGAGGAAUGGAUGGUCUGAUAGUUAUCAAUGAUGUAAGAAUUAGAUCCCAUGUUGUUGAAACCUACAGAGGACACCAGCAAGAGGUUUGCGGGCUAAAAUGGUCAGCUUCUGGACAACAACUAGCCAGUGGAGGCAAUGAUAAUCUUGUUCACAUAUGGGACAGGUCCAUGGCAUCUUCAAAUUCACCAACACAAUGGUUACACAGGUUGGAGGAUCAUACUUCGGCCGUCAAAGCCCUUGCCUGGUGCCCUUUCCAGAGCAAUUUGCUGGCAUCUGGUGGAGGUGGAGGUGAUCGAACCAUAAAAUUUUGGAACACACAUACUGGUGCAUGCUUGAAUUCAGUGGAUACUGGCUCUCAGGUUUGCGCUUUGCUGUGGAACAAGAAUGAGAGGGAGCUUCUGAGCUCUCAUGGAUUUACUCAGAAUCAAUUAAUUCUUUGGAAAUAUCCAUCAAUGGUAAAGAUGGCGGAGCUAACUGGUCAUACAUCUAGAGUACUUUACAUGGCUCAAAGCCCAGAUGGUUGCACAGUGGCGUCAGCUGCGGGGGAUGAAACGCUAAGAUUCUGGAAUGUUUUUGGCGUCCCAGAAGUGGCUGCUAAACCUUCUCCAAAAGUGAACCCAGAGCCAUUUUCUCACUUGAACCGAAUCCGGUGAUAAAGAAAAAGACUUUAGGAGGUGGUAGUCAAUGUCCCUUGAGUCUUUAACUCUGCCAGUUGGUCCAGUUGUAGUUUCUUCAAAACAAGCUUCAAAUUAUCACAAGGUAGUUUAGUGUUCAACUAUUCAUACUAAUGAUUCUACUCAAGUGUUUUGCCCUAGCAAAUCUGCCGUAUGGUUCAUGUUUUGCUUUGAACAGGUGAGGUUGAGGGAGACAGUGGGUGGAUACUUUUUUAUAAUCUUUGCUUCUGAUCCAUUCCAGAAUCACGGGUUGUUGUAGAUAAACUUUUUGAGAGUGUUCAAUCUCCUAACUUGUGUAUAGUAUUCAACUUCGUAGUGAAAUUGUUU